CCACUGCCAGCGUCACUUUCUCAGCCGGCCUCCUGUGAGUCUCCACAUCUCAUUUUUUAACCUCUGCUGUGCCUGAACUUCUCCAACAUGAGUAUCAGAAGAACCAACCUUCCCUUCACCCGCUCCACCCCACAGUACAGUUCUGCAAGUGUCUCCGGUUAUAGUGGACAUGGAACCCGCAUUUCCUCUACUUCCACAUCUUCCCUGCGCUCUGGUGCCCCCUUCGCCUCUUCUUCCUCUGCUUUCAAGGUGAGCAGUGGGAUGGGUGGAGGCAUGGGUGGAGGUUUUGGUUUUGGUGGUGCCGGUGCCGGUGCAUCCUUGGCAGCAGGCGGCAGCGGUUCCAGUGGUGCUGGGAUCCUGGGCAAUGAGAAGGGAGCCAUGCAGAACCUGAACGACCGCCUUGCCAACUACCUGGAGACGGUGAGGAGCCUGGAGAAGGCCAACAAGGAGCUGGAGAUGAAUAUCAUGCAGGCUCUGGAGAAGGGAGGGCCAGACAUGAGGGACUACAGCAAGUAUGAGCCCAUCAUUGAAGACCUGCGCAGACAGAUCUUUGAUAAGAUCUCAGAGAAUGCUCGUUUCGUGCUCCAGAUUGACAACGCCCAACUAGCCGCAGACGACUUUAAAGUAAAGUACGACAAUGAGAUGGCAAUCCGCCAGUCUGUGGAGGCUGACAUCGCCGGUCUGAAGAGAGUCAUCGAUGACACCAACAUGACCAGGAUGAAUAUCGAGAGUGAGAUCGAGUCCGUGAAGGAGGAGCUCGCCUUCCUCAAGAAGAACCAUGAGAAUGAGGUGAUGGAGCUGAGGAAUCAGAUCUCUCAUUCAGGCGUGCAGGUGGAUGUGGACGCUCCUAAAGGUCAGGACCUGGCUCAGAUCAUGGAGGACGUGAGGGGUAACUAUGAGAGGAUGGCCGUGAAGAAUGCAGAGGACCUCAAACAGUGGCAUGAAAAUCAGAUUGCAGAUGUGCAGGUGCAGGUAUCACAGAACACAGAAGCUCUCCAGGGAGCCCAGAUGGAGAAGAGUGACCUAGCAAGACAAAUACAGACCCUGGAAAUUGAACUUUCAUCUCAACAGAGCUUAAAAUCCUCCUUAGAAGAAACAUUACGCAACACAGAGAACAGGAACAACAUGGAAACGGAAAAGUACAACGACAUCAUAAUGCGUCUUGAGGAAGAGCUGACCGGCUUGCGGGCGAACAUUCAGAAACAGACGCAGGAUUACGAGGCGCUGCUCAACAUGAAGUUAAGGCUGGAGGCUGAGAUUUCAACUUACAAGACUCUGCUGGAUGGCGGUGACUUCAAGUAAGAGUUAUAAAGAGGUGGAAGACAUGAAACGAGGCAGAUGAUAGUAGAGGCUUCAGGAUGCACUGGAUGAGCUGGCCUGAGCGAGCUAAUUUGGAACUCGUGCCAUCCCAACAAUAAAAGAAGAACAAACCACAACAUGUAAUAUCCAUGCUGGUCCAUUCAGUAAAAAAAAAAAAAAAAACACCGCUGACCUAACGGCCAAGUGAAAUUGAAUAAAACCACUAUUUGUUCCACGA